AGACUGUUUUACGCGGAUUUUUGUCACUGGCUGGACGUUGAACUAUAACUAUGAGCUAGCUGGAAUAUUCGGAUGAAUUUUUUUUUCGUAGUCUUUGAAGAUUCGACAGUGCGUCAGUCACGUUCGGAGCGUCGCGCGGGCAGCCAGUCGCCGUCGGGACACCGAGUUGUGCACUACAUAUAGUACAAAAUAAACGUACAAAUUUUUUCUUCUACAGUAGUGAGGUGAACGUAUAUUUUUACAAAGUGACAGUGAAGUGACCUAGCUGGAUUUACAAAAGUGUGUUGCUGAUUUUAAGUAACCGGACGGUUAUUUAAAAUCGUUCCCAAAUUGGCAUUUUUCCGUAACUUUAAAGAAUUCAAUCCUUCUUUCCGUUCUGUUUUUCUUUGCAGAUUCAAUGUUUUUUAAGGAUAACAUAUUAUACGGGAACAAGUGUGAACAAUAAAAAUAAAAAACAGUGCCUUACAUGUUUUGAAGGGAAAGUGAUUUAUAAAACUUCACCACGGAGACAAAAUGCCAAAAAAAUUAUUACUUUUCAAGAAGUUAAUACCCGAAAUAAACUUUGCAAAAAGAAACUUUACCGUUUUUAGCCGGAACAUUAUAUAUAUCAGUUAACUGGUGCUUACAUAACAACAAAGUUGAAAAAUCGUGCCAUAGUCAUAUGGUAAAAAAAAAGUUGCCUUAACGACCAAGUCGAACAUCAAGAGAAACACCAAACACAGUGAUAGUAGAAUAAUGCGAAUGAGAUUCGCACAGUGGUCGCAGACAACCUGAACCCUAGACAAAAAAAGUUUUUUUUUUUUGAAAAUGAAUAAUAACCAGUUUCACGAGCUUUUUGGAUCGCAAUGGCCGCCUGAUCAGCAUGGAGGACACUCGUCAGCAACCACGAUGCUGCACACGUCCUUGCCACAGGGGAUGCAGCUGAAACGAGAACCGCACACGGAUGUGAUGCAUAACCAGAUGGGGAUGGGGAUGCAGGACAUCUCAGGGUCUGUGGCUGACAGCACCUCCCCCCCUCCAGGGAGCAGCGACGGGAUGUUCGGGUCCUCUAUGAACACCAUGUUUAUGGAUAAGAAGGCUGCUAAUUCUAUACGAGCCCAAAUCGAGAUCAUCCCCUGUAAGGUCUGCGGGGACAAGUCAUCAGGGGUCCACUACGGGGUCAUCACCUGCGAGGGGUGCAAGGGCUUCUUCAGACGGUCCCAGAGCACAGUGGUGAACUACCAAUGCCCCCGCAACAAGGCGUGCGUGGUUGACCGCGUCAAUCGCAACCGGUGCCAGUACUGCCGGCUGCAGAAGUGCCUCAAGCUGGGGAUGAGUCGUGAUGCGGUCAAAUUCGGUCGUAUGUCAAAGAAACAACGUGAAAAAGUGGAGGACGAGGUGAGAUACCACCGAGCCCAGAUGCGGGCGCAGACGGACGCCGCACCAGACUCGGUGUACGACGCACAGCAACAGACCCCGAGCUCAAGCGAUCAGUUCCAUGGACACUACAAUGGUUAUACCGGCUACCCUUCCCCCAUCUCCUCGUACGGCUACAACAGCACGCCUCAGCUCACGUCCGGCAUGAUCCAGCCACCUGCGCAGGCGCAGACGUACGACGGCGUGCCGGCCGACACGUACGUCGACAGCACGACGUACGAACCCAAGCAGGGGGGGUUCCUGGACACGGACUUUAUUGGCCACGACGAAAAAGGAACCACGGUCGUCCGGCCCUCAGGAUCCACAUCCACAUCCACGGCAACCACAUCCACGACAUCCAUGCGACAGACGACCGUAAAUGAGAUCCCGCGGAGACUGCAAGACUUCGACAGAUACGAGCCGGACAGGAUCCAAUCCCCUGCAUCUAUAUCCAGUGGAGUUAUUAAUAUAAAACAAGAGAUAAAACCAGAGACGUCACUAGGAGUUGAUAAUCUGGUUGCCAGCUAUGUUGAUUCAACGACAUUCCUGCACAGUCCUUCAAAUAUACAACACAGUCCAAUGGAUAUACAGAAUUCUGUGCUAGUUAGCGGACAAAGCUCUGUUUCUUUAACUAGUGAAGAUCUAAGUCCGGAUGAUCUGACAUCCAGCAGUGGACAUGGAAGGUUGAUGGAUCCGUUGAACUUGAAUAUGGGCGGGAUGGGAAUGGUGAAUCCGAAUGCAGUGUCAAACAGACGACAUCAGGGCUCAAGCCAUUCGAGCGACGAUCUUCCCUCGGAAGGCGACAUCAGCAAGGUCCUGGUGAAGAGUCUGGCGGAGGCCCACGCGAACACCAACCCCAAGCUGGAAUUCAUUCACGAGAUGUUCCGGAAACCCCUCGAUGUCUCUAAGCAACUGUGCUACAGCUCGAUGACGUACGAGGAGAUGUGGCUGGACUGCGCGGAUAAGCUGACGGGGAUGAUACAGAACAUCAUUGAGUUCGCGAAACUCAUUCCCGGCUUCAUGAAGCUGACGCAGGACGAUCAGAUCCUGCUGCUCAAGUCUGGUUCGUUUGAACUGGCGAUCGUCCGUCUCUCUCGACUGAUCGACGUGAACAGAGACAACGUACUCUACGGGGACGUCGUGUUGCCCAUCAGAGAUUGCGUACACGCGCGCGACCCCCGUGACAUGGCGCUGGUGGUAGGCAUCUUCGACGCCGCCAAAACCAUCGCCCGCCUGAAGCUUACUGAGACUGAACUAGCGCUCUACCAGAGCCUGGUGUUGCUAUGGCCAGAGCGCCACGGCGUCCGCGGCAACCCGGAGAUCCAGUGCCUGUUCAACAUGUCCAUGGCGGCCAUGCGGCACGAAAUAGAGACCAAUCACGCGCCUCUGAAGGGCGACGUCACAGUACUGGAUACGCUGCUGGCGAAGAUACCUACUUUCAGAGAACUGUCCCUGAUGCACCUGGAAGCGCUGUGCCGAUUCAAGGCCGCGCACCCCCACCACGUUUUCCCCGCGCUCUACAAGGAGCUUUUCUCUCUAGACAGCGUGCUCGACUACCACGUCUAAACGGGUACACGCCGUAUAACUGUGUACCUCUUCGUGUAAUCGUGUGCACAACGUAGAAAUAGCAACGGGUACACAUUGUAUAAACGGGUACACGACGUUUAAUCGUGUACCUCUUCGUGUCCUGUACGCGUCAUGUGCAUACAGUAGAAAUAGCAACGGGUACACAUUAAAACGGAUAUACGUACAAUCGUGUAUAAGAUUAAAACGUGUAUGCCUUGGUGAAAAUGUGUGCACGUCGGAAGUGUACGCGGUACAAAACGGGUACGUUUCGUAUAAUUGUGUACACGGAUGAGACGUGUACAUAGAUGUGGAUCUCUGCCCAUUGCCCUGCGAUGACGUAUUUCCUGUCAAAUGACAGCUGUAGGCUCCGCUUGACUAAAGAUACCUAAACGUUAUUUGUUAACCUAUUUAUAAUUGUAUGUAUGUACUUUGAGACUGUUAUAAUGAUAUUUACGUAUAGGUACGUACGUACAAUAUUAAUAUUUAAAUGUUUAUUUAAUUCUCAAAUUUAAUCUAGGGACAUGUAGGUAUCUUUAGUUGCGCCUUAAACCGGAACUUGUAUUUUUCAUUUGUUAUGUUUAUGUUAUACAUAGCAAAUUAUAAUGUAGAUACGAACAAUAAUUUCGUUGCCGGUAUAAAAGUACAUAAUAAUACAUUCCAUUAUAUGUUUUAUUGUGUAUUUUGUAUAAUGGCGUGUCGUAAUAUAAUUAUCAUAAAGUGUAUCUAACUUGGAUGAAGAAAUAAUUAUUAUUAUUAUAAAAUUAUAAUAAUAGUAAUAGAGUUUUUAUUAAGAAAUAAUUAAAGAAGUUAUAACGGUGUAGCAAGAUGUAGAUCACACAACAGUUUUUUUAAUGAAACCCUUAUGAGUAGGUCUUUUAUAUUAAUUUUAACAGUUUUUUUAAAGAGAAUUGUAACUUGUUAUUUAUUUCAAAUGAUUAUUAUUAUUGAUGUUUUGUCUUCGAUGUAGAUUGUCGGUUAUUUUGUAAAAUAGGAAUACACGAUACUGCCCCUUUUUAUAAGUUUACGUUCGCUUAUUGAGACUUUCUUGUACCUAAUGUACCUUUUAAUGGACAUGGCCAAAAAUAUAAAUAAAACGAAAUUGACUGACACAUGCAAAACAAAACAUUUAUCGAAAUGCAUACAUCUAUCGAAAAUGGAAAUAGAAUCACAUUUGGACUUUUAUUAAAAAUAUAAUUAAAUAUAUUUUUGGACAUGUCUAAGAACACGAGGUAUGAUAAGGCGUUGUAAUAAUUCAAGAAUAAUAAUGUAAUUUAAAAUAAUAAUAAGUUUGGAUUGUAACGUAUUAUUACGCGGUGCAUUGAACAAAAUUACUGUCGAACAUUUUUUAAUAAUAAAACAAAAUUUGUACGGACAAAAUUAAUUUUCGUAUAAUUAGCAGGCAAUUAAUUUUCGUAGAAUAAAAUUGAUCUCAUUUUUUUGCACUUUUCUUCGCCUUGGUGCCAUGUCCGAUUUGAUUGACUGCAUAAUAAUUAAAUAUAAUAAUUGCAUUAAUAAUUAGUACAAUCCCAUGUCAAAAGUACAUUUUUAACGUAAUACGUAAUUUUUUAUAUUAUUUUCGAAGUUUUUUUUUGAUCGCUGUACGUAUUUUUUACAAUUGCCUGCUAAAUCAAUUAGAUGUAUUAAUAAUCAUCAAUUUUCUAACACUUACGCUAAGUUUUGUCGAAUAGCCUUUACUAUAGACUGGUUUAUAUUAAUGUUAAAAAAGUAUAAAAUAUCUUAACUCGUAUUUUGUAAAUAGCUAUUAAUCGUAUAUUAUGUAUUUUAUAUUCAAUAUUAUAAGGUUCGAUGGGUUAUUUUUAAUUUUACAUUCUAUUAAAAAAAACAAAUGUCCCACAAAGACGAGAGUCUUCAAGAUCACGUGAAGUACAUUGUUUUUCCUUUCUAUAUAUUAUAUAUUUUUUGUUAAAUAAAGCAAUCUGUUAUUGUCUAUAA